AUGAUUUCAACUGAGAUAACUAAAAUUGAUAAUGAUUUCAGUAAUAAGAUUCUAAAUGUUCAAGAUGAUAUUAAUUAAUUUAAAACAAAUGUUGAUGUUACUUAUUAGACUAUUUUGAAUGCAAAAUAAUAAUAAAAAUUUUAAACGUAAACCAAUGAAAAAAUUAACGAAGAGAUAGAUUAUAUUAAACAUAAAUAUGCUUUAAAAUAGAAUUUGGAUGAUAAUUUUGUAAUAUUUUUGAAUAUAUAAAUAGAAUGAAAUUCGUGAUUGUAUUUCUAAUGUAUCCUAAAGUAUUAGUUAUUUAAGAAAUGAUGUAUAACUUUUGUUUAAAAAUACAAAAGAAAUGAAAACUCAAACAUAACAAGAUAGUACAUUAUUUAAUGAACGUUUGUAAACUCUUGUUAAAGAAGUUUAAUAAAUUGAUGAAUGUUUUAAUUAAUUAGGAGCCUUAUCAAAAAGAUUAGAAAAUUGUAAAACUGGUACAUAUUAGUUAAUGAUUUGAAGAUAUUAAUUAAACAUAAGAAAAAUUUAAAACUUUGGCAAUUCUAUUUUAAGAACUUGAAGUUAAUAAUUCAAAAGCAGUAAAAUUCGAAGUGCAUUCAGCUGUCAAAAAAUUUGAUGAAGACUCAUUUAAAAUAGGCCUGAUUUAGGAAAGAUAAGGUAAUUAAUAAGAAUAAUUACUUAUAAAAUUAUAAAAUAUUCUUGAAUAGAAUGUUGGGAUCAAAUCCAAUUAACUAUCAAUAUAAGAAUAGUUUAAUUAAGAAAUUAAAACUCUUUAGAAAUAGAUAUCUCGUUAAUAAAAGUAUAUUGAAUAAUUAAAAGAAAAGUAAAUAUAAUUAUAAAUUAAAGUAUCUCCAAAACUAGUUAAAAUUCAGCUGAUCUACCCUUAUAAAUAAAAGGAUUGAAUUCUUAAUUAUAAUAUUAAUGGAAAUAUCUAAAUUAAUGCUUUAACUUAACAAAAGAUUCUUUAGACAUUAUAUAAGAUUUUUGUGAAACACUUUAAGUUCCAUCAAUUAAUUAAGAAAAAGAUUUAACAAAUUUAAUAUUGUUAUUAGAUAGAAGACAAAAUGAAUUAAAAAGGAAUCUUCAUUAAACACCUACAUAAUCAUCAAAUUUUUAGUCUAGAACAUUAAUGAGACUUCAAACACCUAAAUCAUCAUAGCCAUAUGAAACACCUGCUAGAAUACAUUCACUAUAAUAAAGAAAAUGUAUUUAUAGUAAAAAUGGAAGUCAAACAAUAAGUGUAGACUCUAAAAGAGAGACAUUAGUAUAAAAUUGAAUGU